AACCGAAAGUGUUGUUAGUUCUUGUUGAACCAUCAGUGAAGCCGGUUGUCCACAGAAUGGGACAUUUUAGUGUGACGUCCACCGUGUUUACGGUGCUACUUAGCCUAACCGUGGUCAGUGUUGUGGAUGGUGGAUUCUUGGAUUGGUUCCGAAGCAACAAAAACAAGGGACACGAUGUGUGUCGCGUUGAGUUUGAGGUGCUUGACCCACAGGGAUUACGUCUCUGGACGGCCCAAAAGGCACAAGUGAAAGGAUUCGGUGUGGAAUUGUUCAUCAACCCGGUGCACGGUCGAAAGCAGCAGCAGUGUAACGUGUGCCGCAAUACUACGGAGGUCACGCACGGAAAGUUCUUCUUGCAGGACGAUAAUGUGAUCGUAAAGAGCGGCGACAUACUGGAGUACGUGAUCAUAACCGACAACGGAAAGACGGUACAGCGCCAUAAGCCAAGAAAACUGAUUGUGGAUGAUUUCCUAAUUAAACCGAAAGGAAGAUGCUCCUGUCCGCCGGGCACUGUCACUCCGAUCAACCCGACAGAAACUGCCAAACAGGUGUUUGAGGAACCGACAGCUGAAAUCGCACUGCUCGAACGCAUCCUCGAACGGGUGUCGAAAAAGUGUGCCGAGGGUGUGAUGUCUAACUUCCUGUUCCUGCAAACCGAUCGGGUCGACGGUCCGGCCAAUGAUUUGAAACAGAUCGUGCGCGAUUACUUCCAGAAAAAAGACGCCCUAAAGCCACUGACGGAGUCGAUCAAGUCCGCGGAAGACGGCUCAGAUGGUAUCGUGUUCCGAGUGAACAACAUUAUCGAUAAAUUGAAGAUAUUGGAGCUCGCUCGGGAGGAUAGCGAUAUACUCGACUACGACAAGCUAACCGCGAUCGACGAUAUGGAUAUUCGUGCUUCGUUUGAUUAAGCUUCGUAAGCAAAAAAAAAAACAUUUUUUU